AAGGGUGGUUUUCCUCCAAUGCGACAGAACCAAUUUAAUUUACCAGUCAAGACGCACUAGCCAAAGUAUUAGCCGGUUACCAUGAAGUCUCUGGUAUGCUUGAUGCUGAUCUCCGUGGCGUUGGCCGCUGCGGAGGAAGAUAAAAAAACGGUGGAAAAGCGAGGUCUGUACGGUUUGGGCUAUGGUGGCGAAGGCCUGUACGGUGGAGAAUUGGACCACGGAAAAGUGGCGAUCGCCAUCCAGGAGAAGCCUGUGGCUGUUCCGGUUCCAGUCCCGAAACCAUACCCGGUCCCCGUUGACAGACCGUAUCCUGUAAAGAUACCAGUCGCAGUCCCUCAACCAGUCCCAGUGCCGGUUCCGGUACCCAAACCGUACCCAGUAAUACAAACCAAAACGAUCGCGGUUCCCGUCGAAAAACCAGUUCCAGUCACGGUUCCAGUUAAGGUUCCAGUGCCUGUGCCUGCCCCAUACCCCGUCAAGGUACCAGUCGCUCAUCCGUACCCAGUCGAAGUUCCCAAGCCAGUUCCAGUCGUCGUUAAACAACCAGUCCUCGUUAAGGAGCCAACUCCCGUUUUCCUUAAAGGAUACGAAUUUGGACACUAGAUGAAUUGAUUCCCCCCCUCGAUCUGCCAUCUGCCCCGUCCUCGCCUAACUCACUCCCACCCCCUCCCCCCCCGCAGCAUCGCAAAAGACAUUAUGACGAGAGCAGUACCAAAAGACGUUCUCCUUCAUGGUAAAUACGAAUCAUGCAAUAAACCGAUUUUAUAAAUGUUUU